AUGCUCAUUGUAGGAUUCGAAGGAAGCGCAAACAAGCUCGGUGUUGGAAUUGUCCGAGGCGAGGAAAUCCUGGCAAACGAGCGGGCUACAUACACGCCGCCACAGGGAGAAGGAUUUAAAAUUACAGACGCAGCAAUGCACCACCAGGCGAACAUCAUGGGGGUUUUCAAGCGCGCGCUUGAAACAGCAAAAAUUAAAAUAAAGGACAUAGAGUUCCUGGCAUACACUGCAGGCCCUGGGAUUGCGCCGUGUCUGAUGAGUGUUGCCAUCUUUGUGAAGGUGCUUGCUGAGAAGUACAACAUCCCCGUUGUGCCAGUAAACCACUGCGUUGCACACAUUGAAAUGGGCCGGUUUAUCACAAAGUCUGACAACCCAACCAUUCUGUACGUGAGCGGGGGGAACACGCAGGUCAUAUCAUACUACAAAAACCGAUACGUCGUGUACGGAGAAACCCUGGACAUCGCUGUGGGAAACUGUCUGGACAGGCUGGCGCGCCUGCUCGAUCUUCCCAAUACCCCGUCUCCGGGAUACAACAUAGAGCAGAUCGCGAAGAAUGGAAUCCGCUAUCUGAAACUUCCGUACUCCGUUAAGGGGAUGGAUGUCUCCUUUUCGGGGCUCCUCUCCCACGUCGAGAACUACGUGAAAACCCAGGCCAUGACUGAGAGCCUCAAGGCCGACAUCUGCUACUCUGUGCAGGAAACAUGCUUUUCUAUGCUCAUCGAGGUGACGGAGCGAGCAAUGACAUGCACAGACUCCAACGAGGUUCUUGUGGUUGGCGGGGUAGGGUGCAACAAAAGGCUGCAGAAAAUGGCCUCGGACAUGGCCAAGCAGAGAGGCGGGAAGGGAUACAGCGCAGACGAGCGAUACUGCAUUGACAAUGGGCUUAUGAUUGCGCACACUGCAUACAAAAUGCUGCUCAGCGGAUACGUGUGCCAAGGCAAGGAGUGCAAUAUAACGCAGAAGUACAGGACCGACACCGUUGAUGUGACGUGGAGAACAUAA